GAGAGAGAGAGAGUGUAUAGAAGAAAAUGCAAUAUCUAUAACAUUGUGAUAGUUGUUUCAAUCUGGCAGUGAUAAUGGCAUGAAAAUGGAAAACGAAACUUCUGCUCAUCAGGAGAAUUUUUUUUCUUUUUUUUUUCUGCAUUAUGUAACACGUCAUUGUCCAAAUGAAUACCCCUUUUCAUGUUUACAGGAUAAGAGCCUUGCGGAGAUGUACUUUGUUGGUGCAGUUAUUAGAAGGUUGACCUGCAGGCAGUGGGAACACCAGUUGGGAUGGCAACAGUUUCGUCAGGCAACCUAACAAACAGCCUUAUAACGGCAGUCAGCCAACCAGCAGUUUUCUAUCCAAGUACUGGCACUGCAAGAUUAGCUCAGCCGACCAUCCUCAAGGUGUCAAAUACAGCACACUCACCUGGACAGAUUUUGGUCCAAACCACAGGAGCACCACAGCUUGGAAAAGUUGCUGUGGUUGGAGGUGCAGAUAUCUUAGGAACAGAAGGCCUUCCCAGGAACUUAGUUGUGAGUGGAACCUCGAAUGUAAUUGUGACUUCAGGACCAGCGUCUGCAGACCAGACAGCCGCACUCGGCCAGCCUCACCUGCUGAACCUGACGCUUCAGCAGCCUCCUCAGACCAAGUCGCCGGCACCACUACGGAAAUCUGAUUGAAGUCUUUUGGGAAUUUUUCUUAGGAAUCACAAUGCGACAGGCAGACAGACUGACUGAAUAAAUGAAAGACCGGAUAGAAGCUGACAAUACGAGAUGUUUGUCAAAUCUCACUCUUUGUUAUCAUCCAUGCGUCUGCGUCACUCAUGAAGAGAUGUGCUGUUAGCUGCCUGAACAUUUUCCCCAACUAAGAUGCUCAUUUAUUGCGACUGCCUUUUCUAGAUAUCCAUUGCUAACAGGUAUUUUGUGUAACAAAACAAACAAACAUAAAUGCAGUUACCACUAUUUUUAAAGAUGUUCUUGAUAAUUGUGGCCAUUGUCAGUUGAUUAUCAUGUUGUUAGUUUUACUUUGUAGAAUUUACAUUUUUAUAAAUGUGUAAGUCAUAUCCUGUCAUAAUAUAUAUAAAAAAUGAUCCUUCA